CAGAAAAAACUUAACCACCAUCUUCAUCCCCCUCCACCAUCCCCUUCACGAUCUCAUGCAAAUCAAACACCGACGCCUCCGUCACGGCGGGCUCGGAGUCGACAACGUCCAGCACCUGCUCGUGCAUCGCGAGGAUGCCCUGGAGCUCGUCCUCGCCGUAGAAGCCCGCGCUCGUCGCCGGCUUGGCUGGGGCUUCGGCCGCUUCAGACAGCGCCGCGAGCCGCUCCCGCAGCUCCGACGCCGCCGUCCAGACGCGCGCGGCCGCGUCGACGUCCGCGACGCCGUCGAACUGGCGCCGCCGGCGUUCCUCCGACGUCAUCGCGUUGGCGCCGAAGACCUGCGUGGCGUUCAAGUAAGACCUCUCAAUAUGCGUCAGGACGCCGCUCGCAUACCGCGGGCUCGCCGUCGAUCUCGACGGACACGCUCGGCCCCGCGCACUCGCCGUCGCAGGCGCCGCUCGUCACUUCCGCGUUCUCCGAGCUUUUGGCGAGCCCGUCCAGGGCCUGCUGCGCGUCGAACUUGGCGGUGGCGCACGCGCCGCACGUCCGGACGACGAGCCGCAGCGGCGCGAGCGCGCGGCUUUGUAGAACGAGUGCGCAGAGCCAGCAGCUGGUCCUUGUGAAGCGCAUCGCGUCGAUGGCGUACAGCGGUGCUCUCUUGUGCAGCUUGGCAACCAGGGCGCACGAGUGCGAUGCGCGUCGCAGCGAUGGGUUGUGCGGCUUGGUUGAGAUCGGAACGGCACCUCGACGGCGUGCGAGGGCUUAGUUGUGCGUACGCCGCGCGUAUGGUGCUAUUUUGUCGUGGUAAAGCUAAUGAUAGCUA